AUGAAUAAAUUAUAUGCUUGUAUUUUAUUUUUAGUAUGGAAAAAUUUCAGUAUAAGCGGAGAAUUAACCAACGUGGAAAACUAUGUACAGGAUAAAAGUAUAGUUUUACAGGCAUCCCAAGAAAAUGGUAGUACAUCGAAUGAAAAUCUCAAAAUUGAACAAUUGGAAAAGGAUGGAAAAAGCGAUAUUGUAAAUCAAUAUAAAAUUGAAGUACCUUUUACAAUAAAUCCAGAAACAGAGGGAAAAUUAGUUUCUAAGGAUCUAAUAAAUAACGACAAACCAAAAUUUCCAAUCGAUAGGAAUAAAGAACAAGUGGAUAUGCAUAGACCAGAUGAAGAAGCGAAAAAUAUCACACAAAACGACGACGAAAAAAUUGAAAAAAUAGAAUCCGAUGAAGAUAAUAUAAGCAAUGGAUUUAAAGACAAAAUACAUGAAACCAAUAGAAGCGAAUUAAAUAUUAUGAAUACGAUAAAAGCAUCUAACAAAUAUGAAGAUAAAUUUGAUAAGAUAACAAAUUUUUAUUUUGAUGAUUCAUUAGAAAAAGAGAAAAGCGAAAAUGAAAAAGAAGCAAAUAAUAGUAUUAUACUAAAAGAGGUUAACAAAGAAACAUUAUUAAAUUUUAAUGAUAUGAAAGAUGAAAUUACACAAAAAAUAAAUGAGCCAAAUGGUGAAAUAAUUACAAAAUAUGCUAAUAUGUUAUUAAAAGAUGGAGGAAUGACACUUAAAUUGAAUGUUAACAAAUUUUUUAAUAGAAUGUUUAAAUUAAUUACACGCGAAAAACUUAUGUAUACAUUGUGUUAUAAUGAGAAAACAUCAAAAAAUGGAGGAACAACGGAAAAUGAGGAAGAAAUUUCUGGAAAUAGCUCAAUACAUAGUUCUGCUAAUCGGAAAAUGUUGAAUAAAAACUGUGGAGAAAAGUGCUUUUUAUCUAGAUUCAAAGAGGAAAUAACAUACAAAGAAGAAGAUAUAUACAAUUAUUAUGUUUCAUUAGAGAAAUUAUUAAAAAAAAGCGAAAUAUAUAUGAAGACUGAUAUGGUAUCAAAAUAUUUUAAAUUUUAUCCCGUUGAAAAAAUAAAUUAUAAUUUUGAAAAUGUAAUAAAUAAUAAUAUUUUUAUAGAAUCAGUUAGAUCUAUAUUGUUUGAUUCAUAUAAAAACGAUGAAAAAAGCAUUUACACAAAUUUUGCUGUUGUGAUAGACUCAUUAUUUUCACUAAUACGAGAAGAAGUCAUAAUAGAAGAUAUGCGUGUAUAUAUAGAACGAUUUUUUAAAGAUAUAGAUUUAUUAAAUCAAAAGGUUUUAAGUUUUUUUAUAGAUGAAUUAUUUAGCGAAGCUAAACAAUAUCAAGUUCCUAAUUUGACUCAAAAAAAUUUUGAACAUAUUUUAGCAAAAAUUUAUUCUCGAUCGGUUUUAGAAAACAUUCUAAAUAAAAAAAUAUCACAUAAUAUAGGAAAUAAACAGAAUCGUUUAAAAUUUAGUUUUCUUGAUAACAGCGAAACUAUAAAUCCUGUUGCUUUAGACAAAAUAGUAAUGGAAGAAAAUUUCCCAUCAAACGAAUCUGAAAAAGAUGUUUUGUGUAAAUUUAUUCCAAUAAAAAAGAGGUAA